GAGAGAGAGUGUGUGAGAGAGGGAGAGAGAGAGUGAGAGAGAGAGAGAGAGAGAGCGUGCCACUCGCUCCAGUCUCUCAACACCGAUCUUCCUCUCGCUCUGCCCGUCAUCAUCGUCACCGCCGUGAGGAUGCUCUCUGCGUGAACGAAGGAUAUUCGUGCUUGUUUGUUUAUUUGUUUGGCUUCUGGCGCUUUUGGCACGCGCAAGGGUCGCGGGGAGAAGGGGAGGGGGGAGGACGAGGCAGAAGAGCCCCGUCUCGGUUUGGGACCCACUCACAGGACAAUUUUGGGGAGGUGUUUGUUUUUUUUUUUGUUUUGUUUUUUUCCCGCUGAUCCACUGCAGCGUGAAGAGCUCAGGGAGGGAAGCAGCGCGCGCCUUCUUGGUUAAUAAUUGAUCAGUUUCAUCAGGAGAUCAGCUGAAAGUACGUCGCGAGGACGAAGCAUGGGCUGCGCGGUGCUGCGGUGCGCGCUGGCUGGCGCGCUGCUGCUGCUGGGGCUGUUCUCCAAAGAACCCAGCAGUGUCCAGGCGGCGGAGUUCGGCCACCUGCCCGACAACCUUACUGUGCUGGAAGGAGAGAGCAUCAUUCUGAGAUGUAAGAUCGAUGAAGAAGUUACCCACAAGGCCUGGCUGAACCGCUCCAACAUCCUGUUCGCGGGGACGGAUAAGUGGUCACUGGAUUCGCGGGUGUCUCUGGUCAACAGUAACGACAGCGACUUCUCCAUUCAGAUCGAGCGAGUGGCCGUGACGGACGAGGGUCCGUACACCUGCAGCUUCCAGGCACGGAACCAGCCCCGCAUUGCACACGUCUACCUCAUCGUCCAGGUGCCAGCCAGGAUAGUGAACAUCUCUCAGGAUAAAUCGGUCAACGAGGGCGACGACGUGAACCUGUUCUGCCUGGCGGUGGGACGGCCCGAACCCACCAUCACCUGGAAGGACUUCAGAUAUGGCCGCAUUUACGAGGGAGAGUUCCUGGACAUCACGGAUAUCAAACGACAUCAGGCCGAAGAGUUUGAAUGCAUCACCAACAACGGUGUGGCCCCACCGGACACACGCCGUGUCAAGGUCACAGUUAACUAUCCACCGGUAAUUACGGACGUGAAGAAUAUGCCAGCUCAAUUGGGGAAGACGGCGAUCUUGCGUUGUGAAGCCAUGGCUGUACCUACUGCGGUCUUCGAGUGGUACCGGGACGACCGGAGGCCGGUGGAGAGUGACAACACGCUGAAGAUUAAAAAUGAGAAGACGCGCUCCCUGCUGCUCUUCACCAACGUCACGGAGAAACACUUCGGCAACUACACCUGCUUCGCCUCAAACCGCCUGGGGGCCUCCAAUGCGAGCAUGCUGCUCCUCAGGCCUGGGGCAGUGUAUGGCGGGGGGGCGCCGCUGAGUCCCUGCGUUUCGGGACUGGGCUUGUGGCUGGGCCUCUGCGUCUCCAUCCUGAUGAAGGUCUAAAACUUCGCCGCCUCGGAAAAGGAGUCUUUAAUUACGAACCCAUCACUGUGAACAAAAAGAAUUAUGCAUUAACCCAGGAGCCAUUGCUACAUCACAUAAUCACCCCCUCCCUCUCCUCCCUCCCUCCCUCCCUCUCCUCCUCCCUCUGUCAUCUCUCUCUUCACCCACUCAUCCGCCACACUCUUCAUCAGCAACUACUCCUCUCUCACACUAGCCAAUGCCUCUCCCUCUUCUCCAGUGAAGGUCACCUUUUUCGAUGUUCAUAGCUGUUAUGUGAUGACAAUACAACGGUAAUGCUACGAAUGCUAAAUGUGAGGCCGCAGUACGUAAUGAAUGGAAUUAUAGCUGUUAUGUGACGACAAUGCACCAGUACGACUACAGUAAUGCUAAAUGUGAGGUUACAGUGUAUAAUGACCGGCUGUUGUGUGACUGAGGUCGACCUUUUUUUAUGUGAUGACAAUGUCAGUAAUGCUACAGAUGAUGCUACGUGUGAAACGACUUGAAUCAUAGCUGUUAUGUGACAUCAGUGCAAACGAAUGCCACGAUAUAAUGGCUGGGUUUACAGCUGUUCUGUGAUGCUGCGAAUGCUACAUGUGAGGCUGUGGUGUUUAAUGACUGGAACAUUGUUUUCAACUUGUGUUGUCUCGUCUUGGUGUGCGCGUGCUGGGCAUGCUGUUCGAUGUGGUUGUACAUUGUGAGAAAAGUGAAGUUUAUAAGGAGGGUGAUGAUGAUGAUAAUGAUGAUGAUGAUGAUGAAGGCCUGGUGACCCUCUCUGUACCUGUCUGUGGCUGUUCACCAGCAGGCCCCGUCGGGCCUUCGCCUCUCGGACUCCAGCCCAGCCAUCUGAGCGUGCCGAAUGAUGUCAAAACUCACCCUUACUUCCUGCGCUAAAGGGUCAACAAUGGAGGAAGUGGGGGGAGGUCAUCGUCUUUCUUCCCUUUCUCUUGCAUUUGCUGGAAGUCUUGACCCAGGGCAAAGCAUGUGACCCCAGUCCGGCCUUCCAAAUCCCUCCUCCUCCUCCUCCUCUUCCUCCUCUUCCUCCUCCUCCUCCGUCUCUUCGCUAACGCAUUACCGACGUUGACCCUUUUUCACCUCCAGUGUAAAUAUAUAUGCAGUAGAGGCAGACCCCACAUCGCCAGAAAAACAAAACAAAACGAAAAAAAAACCUACAUUUCCCAUCAGCCUCUCUGUUUCAGUGUUUCCGGCUUGGAGGUUAUGUUUCCGGCAUCUCCUGUCCAUGAAAAGCUGUCGAUCACUCUUCCUUGUCGCUUGUUGAUAGCAUGUACUGGUUAGAGCUGUUUCCUGUUGUGACGUCCAUCCAAUGCCCCGAUGCCCCUCCUUCUCUGCCCACCCCCUCCCGUAGCCCCUCCCCUGCACUGUGUACAUUUAAUCUGCAAGGUUAACUGCUAAUUACUUUUUUGGUGUUAAUAAUGAUGAUGACGAUGACUACGAUGAUGUUAAUAAGUAUCUGAACAGACAUGAUGAUGGUGAUGAUAAUUACAUGUGAGGAAAAAAAAAAAACAAGAAAAAAAAAAACAGCAGAGCCACGUGUGCGAAAAUAUUUUGUACUUUGCUCUGAUAA